AUGUUGACAUCUGUAGAGAUGCCGAUUCAAGUGUAUCAUAGCCAUUUUAAGACCAAAGCCGUUAGCUUUCCUCCUACCAUUUCUCCUACUUUACCUCCCGAAUCAACCGAUCAUCUCCGAAUAUUUUUGAUCCAGUCAGCUCAUGGGCUUUAUGCAUCGUCAGGAGGCUAUCGAGCCAAUAUCGCGCUAGCUCGCGCAAUGCGAUCGCGAGGACAUGUCAUUAAAAUGCUUGCAUCUGUAUACGCCAACGAGGUCGCUACCAUCCCUCAUACUCGGACAGUCGAGAAAUUCGGCCACAGGGUGAUUCCCGUGUAUCGCUUCUGGUAUGGGCAAAUUGACGUUGUCGCAUUGGAUGCGGAUGAGUGUCGGGAAGCUUUCAAUCGGUCCAAAGAGGUGACUGAAAUGAUGGAGUCUUGGCUGGAGAAUGAAAAGGACGUUCCACUCCUCACCGCAAGACAAGAAUUCGUGGCAAAGGAAGUCGCCUCCUUUCAUCCAUCCCACGUAAUCAUGAACGAUUACUGUUCCCUCAAAGCUAUUCUUGAGGCACGCAUUCCGCCAUGCACCAAAAUCUUUAUCGUCCAUGAUGCAGAGGACCUUCCCUUUGGACCGUUUGCUCGAGGACAGCCGUGUUUUGACGGGUACACGAUCAAAACAUCCUACCGUCGCCUUCAACACGUCGAUGGCCUGUGGGCCGUCAGUAAUGCCGUUGCAGAUUACUUUGCAAACUACGGUAAACUAACAUGCAGGAUCUUACCGAACCAUCCUCUCAUUUACGGUGACGACGUCCAUUCACUGCCGUUUUACCAAAACUUUGACAAGCCGUAUAUUUGUGCAAUUAAUCCUGGUUAUCUGAAAGGAUUCCCGAUUGUCAAAGCAAUUAUGGAACGGAUGCCUGAAAAUCAGUUUUUGAUUGUUAAAUCUUGGAACAUAUUGUGGAAUCCGUUUGUGUUGGAAGAGUUUGAAAAGAUGGAGAAUGCCAUCUUGAUGGAUCCAGUUAGCGACAUGGAAAGUCUCUGGCCGCAAGUCAAAGUUCUCUUAGUCCCAAGCCUCUGGUAUGAAGCCUUCGGUCUUGUCGUAAUUGAAGCUCUUCUCCGCGGGAUUCCUGUCCUGUCUUCGAACGCGGGCGGCUUGAUUGAGGCCCACCUCGGCGUUCCCUACGUUGUCCCCACCAACAACAUCACUGGAGAACGCGAAACAGACCAAGAACUCGUAAAACGACAGGGUACGGACUACAAAAUUCCGCAAAAUUCCGCUGAUCCUUGGGUCCGUAUCCUUCGCAGUCUCAUGCAUGAUCAGGAAUUGUACGAACGGAUCCGCUUGCAAAGCCGGAUCGCUGCUGUUGCAUAUGUCAAGGGAUUGGAUUCGCAGAUGUAUGAGGAUUAUAUGAAGAGUUUGGAGCAGGUACAGCGAGCAAGGGUUGGAAAGAACCAUCUGGUGGGAUAAUGACAAAGACUUGGCUGUGGCUGUUGAAUAUAUGCUGUG